AUGAUUCCAAUAAAUUUAAAGAAAUUUGAUGUUGUGAAUGAAAAGGAUUAUCCAAACGAUAAAGAAUUAAUUGAAGAUAUUGAUGUUAUAAUAAUUACAGGCUCUUAUGGAUGUGAAAAAUCAGGCGGCGAUUACCGAGAGGAUACUGUUGGAGAAUUGAGAAGAAAAGGUGUGGCUUUAAGCACAAUAGAAUUGUCAUCAUCGUCAACAAAUUCCACUGUCAUUGAUGCUGAUACUAAUAAAGAAAAUCUUGAUGAAGCUGAAGAAGAUAAAUUAGAAGAUGAAAAAAAAGUUUAUAAUCAACAAGUUGAUAUCGAUCUUUCAGAUAUUAUGAAGCAGUUAGAGAAUGAACCUCUAUAUGUGUGGAAGGUCAAUGAUAUAAAUGUCACAGAAAGAUUUCGUGAUUACCAACGUUCAGUGAUUGAAAGGACAAAAGUUAAUAAGUUGACCUGGCAUGACACUUAUGAAAUAUUAGCAAUAGCAUCCAUUAUUGUACUUUCUAGUCCAUGUCCAUAUCCAAAUUUCACUGCACAAGAAUGGAAUGAAAUAACUAAAACCAACCCGUAUAAAAUUCACCAUCCUGUAAUACCACCAUCAGUUUCUAGAUCUCUUCAAGAAGCUGCAAUUAAGAUUGUAAUGGGUGAAGACUAUUAUAUGCAUCCUGAUAAUUCGGAGAUAAAUAAACUUGCUGCACGCACAUUUAAUGAGUUAUCUAGCAUUCCUCCUAUUGAUUAUAAAAUGUCAGAAGAAUUACAUUGUUGCAAGUUAUUAUAUCCUUUUACAAAUCCAGUGUUUUUUGGACCACAUAAAGAGUAUGAGGUUCAACUAAAUCGCACUGUUAGUAAAACAAAACAAAGACCUGAUUUCGCCUGCAUCAUUAAUAAAAUUCCACUUUUGAACUCCGAAAUUAAACCAUGUGGAUAUAAACCACUACAAAAAAAAAAGGAUAUUGUAAAGGCUCAAUUAAGAGGUAAAAAGGCAAUAAAUCAACUAUUAAACUUGAAAGGUGGUCCUGCUAAAACAGCCAUACUUACAAAUAUGGGUGAUACAGUAUCAUCUUUUAUCAUGGAUCUACAGGUUGAUAGGAUUUAUCGUUCUUGGCCUUUCUGUACAACAAAAUUAGUAAUUGAUAAAUCUUCAAUGCCAUUGAUAGAAUCGACAUUUUGCCACUUUGUGGCAUUAGAGGGACAGAUAAACAUAUUAGCAAAAGAUUUUAAAACUCGCAGUAAUGUGUUCACUCCACCAUUACAAAUGUCAUUCAUGAGCAUUAUCCCAGAUUCACCACAAAUCAAAAGGUUACUUAAAUAA